CCUGCUUAUACACCUUCAGUUUCCACAAGAAAGUUUAGAGGAAAACAUGGUGUCUGAUGGUCCUCAGGCGUCCAGACGUGUGGCUGAAAUGAAAGCGGCUACCAGCAGCAAGAGGCCUGGCCAGGAGCCCCCUGGGAGCCGAGGUUGCUCCCACAGAAAUGACAAAGGGAUGCGCUCCAAGGCAGACCUGUCCUUUGCAGAGAAAGGAGCAGAUCCAGGUUCCUGUGAAAGCCAGAGGAACGAUGGCAUCCUGGAGAAUGCAGAGGGCUCACAGAGCACAGGAGCGAUCACCAGGCAGAGCCAGGUGGCCAAGCGCUCCAGGCACAAGCGAUGGAGAAGCCCCGGUGGCUCCCUUGACAAUCGCCACAAAGAAAAUGGACAGUGGGAGGAGAAAGGCUGGGGAGGACCAUCUCCAGCCCAAGGGAGAAGAGAGGACCAGCCUGACUGCGCUAGAGAAGGACGUCCUGGCAGAAGAGGUGCUGCCCACUCUCCGAGGCGCCUCAAGGACAGAAGGAUCCCCCGGCCCAGAUCGCCAGUGAGGACCACCGGCCCAGGACGCCGCCCCGACAGCCGCGAGGCCCGUCCCGCCUCCCCAAAGCGCCGCCGCCUCCACCUGGGGCCAGACGCGCGCGAUCCGCUGGCGGCCGUCACCACCAGGCUCUGGCACCGGGUGGGCGCGCUGAAGGUGGCCCUGGAGGAGCUGCGGGCUCCGGGGGGCGCCUUCCUGCCUGUGCCCACCCGCUGCACGCAGCCCUCGGCCUCGCAGCGCGCCUGGCUCUCCUGGCAGCUGGCGCACGCGGGUGCGACCCUGCACUGGGCUGCCGCCCGGCUCCACACCCCACUCGCCGCGCAGCCCUUGGCCUUAGGGGCGCACGGCGCGCUCGCCUCCCCGCUGGUCCGCUCUGCCCGGAGCCGCUCCGAUCGGCGCGCCCCACUCCGGGGCAGGCGUCCGAGGCCGCACGGUGCGCACCGCCGCGACCAGCUCGCGACCAGCUCCCGUUCAGCCGGGCCCAGACCCGCCGGUCCGCGAAACGGUUUUCGGUCGGACCACAGCUCCACUGCCACGCGGUCCCCAGCUCAGGGACACGGGCCAGUUUUCCGGAAGACAGCCCGCGAAGAUGAGCCUGCAGAGCAAAACCCUUCUGUGCCUCUGGUGGCCUCGGAUCGCAGGAGUGACGGGAUUUGUGCCCUCUCGUCCCUAUGUGUUUUUCCGUUUUAG